CUCAGCCUACACAAUCUCCUCAACACAAUCCCAAGCACUGUAAUGAUGUUGGAUAUGCUUUAAAGAGUGACUUCUUUAACACACACUCUGUGAUCCAUCGGCUGAAAGACGCACUACACUAGAUAAAUCAUCGUUUUGAAGCCCAUCAUGGAGGAAAGAAACCUGCUAAAAGAACGUCUGCAGGCUAUCACGGACAAAAGGAGAAUCCAGGAAUACAUUGCCAAGAAAAGAAGACAGAUAGAGGAAGAAAAACUCAAACUCCAAUACAUAAAGAAGAAGACCCUGAGGGAGCAAUGGCUGAUGGAUGGUUUGAGUCAGCAAUCGGAGGAGGAGCAGGAGGCAAUGAGGCUUCAGGCUCAAGAUGAACAGCAACAGAGCGAUCAACUGCAGUGCAACAUCGACAGGAUAGAAAAAGAGAUCAAGGCCUUAGAAACAGAGGAGCUCAACAUCUCUGCGAAUGAGGAAUUUGUUCUGAAGCGAUUAAAAGAAGUUGAGAGGACACCUGAGGACAUUAUCAAGAGAGCUACUUCAGAGACUGAAGGAUCAGAUGGCCAAGAACUGAACAAAGAUCGCAGCAGUUCGGAGAAUUACGACUUUGACGUUGUCACUAUGGAAACCACUGAGCGAUCAGAACUGGAGAUGAGCAGCAGUGGGGAGGUCACUGUGGCCGAUUUAACCGAGAUGGAAAUCAAUUUCAAUAUUGAUAGCGAGCAAAUUAGUAUUCAUGCAGAUCAAUCAGAUUUCAACGACGGGUCGAGUUCUAGCAACCUCUCAACUGACCUGGUAACCAGAGCAGCCAGUGUGUCGCCCGCCUGCCCUGAGACCGGCGUUUGCAAUGACAUACCGAUCCAUGAGGAAAAGGAAGCUGUACCGUUUGAGGAAGGACGUGACGAGCUUAAAAGAAAUGAAUCCAUCACUUCUUCUGUGUCCGACACACUCUCAAGUGCUGAAAGUGUUUAUGAAAACGAGGCUCAUUGUAAGACACAGGGAACAAUGGAACAAGAGCAGGAUUUAGAACAGCAUCGUGCACUACAGAAAGACUUGGACCCAAUGAGGCUCGUUGAAACACAAGAAACAUCAGCGGUAGAGCCAGACACAUACCCGGCGCAAUCUAUGGAUCUACAAUUAUACCUGGAUGAAGAAGAGGAACCCAAUUUUUGCAAUGAUGACUAUCACAAUUUGGAGUUAGAUGAAGAGGGGGACCCUGAAGUCCCUGGAAAUGUUUGUGAGCCACCCAUUCCCGAGGAAUUGAUGCUAGAGCAGAACAUUAGAGAAGAUGCUUUGUCAGAUAUAUCAAGCGAAUCCUGCCGUUAUUUUGACCCUGAGGAAGUCGAAGAAUGCCUAAGAGUUGAAGUUGCAGCUGCUUCCUCUGAUAGUGAGACAGAUGAAAAAUGGAGAACAAUAUUUUCCUCUUCUAUAAACAAAGAAGAUGACGACUCCUAUUUGGACAGCCUUCAGUUAAGCGCACAGGAGCUCUUUGUGCAGAAAGUUGAAGUGAUCGACUCAGAAGAACCUGAUAACGAUCACUAUGACGAAGUCCAACUUAACGUUCCAGAAAUAGAAGAACUGCUGGAAGAGUCAGAUACCAUAUCUUGUUCUAUACCACCACAAGAUGGUAAAUGUAUCUCGUUGAGCCUUCAAGGUCUGUCCAAAAUCUCUGAAGAUGAAAAUGAAAAUGGGAAAGAUGACAGUAAUAAUUACAGCACUCAAGAACAAUACUCCCAGAACAAGAUGUCAGAUCCAAACAGGAAGCUACCCAAAGACUUCUGCGUGAUACAAGAGACAGCGAGUGAGAACGUUAGCACAGAGCAUGUUGACUUCCAGUUGGCUCGUAAACAGUGGCGGGCAAUGGAAGAACAAACCAAAAACAAGGUUCUCAUACCUGCAACUAGGCUGCCCAAUUUCCAUUGCAGCCACAGUUGCAUGUACACACCGGUCCGAAACAUCGAAAGAACAAACAGGAAAUCCCAGGACCUGGAAAACCUGACUCUGGUUGGGGAUUACACAAACACUCAAUUCAGCCCAUGCUCAGAAGAUUCUGGCUUGGACGAUUCCAGCUACAGAUCUCCUAAUGAUGACUUUGAAACACCAGUUGAAAGGGAGAUUCGCAUAUCAAUGGAAAGAGAAGAGAAAUUCAGAAAGGAGAGGGGUCUGUCCUGUAUGGGCAAGUCUGCAGACACUCAGUUUAGCACCCCAUCACAAGGAAUCCCGAGAUCCAUAAGCACUCCGCUGACGCCGUCAUUCAUCAUCACCUCAUCUCCCACAAAGGAACCAUCAAAAAAUGAAAUGUCCCCAACAAAUGUUAUCAUUCUUGACCCAAGUAGUGAUUUCAAUUCCAAUCCCAGGCAUGGCGAAUGGUGCUCUGAGGACAGCAGCUCUAAUCUUAUCAUUUUAGAGACAUCCAAUCUGAUUAUUCGCAGUGCCUCAGAGUUCUCGCUCAACAAAGCCUGUGAGCCCCAGGAGAAAAUGUUCAUGAGCAACCCCUUUUUCAAGCUCCGUUCAAGAAGCACAAUGUCGCUGGUGGAUGAGGAGAUACAAAUGGUGAAGCAAAGGGAGGAAGAGCUGAGAAAAGAGAGGGCAAAUCUUUAUGGCAUAGGCAGGUUCAGUGAUAAAAGGAUGCUGUCAAACAACUUGGGUACUUUGUCAUUGGAUAAUCCAGCUUGUUUGCCAUUGAAGUGCAAGUCCUCGCCAUCAUCACCAAUGAAAACCCCCAAGAUGGAUCGUUCGACUUUAUCCUGCGACCACAGAUUUCCAGACGUCUACACCGCAGGAAGACGCAAGAGUGCCAUGGCUCUGCGCUGGGAGGCAGGCGAGUUCACUAAAAAUGCCUAACAAGGAAAUGAUAAGACAUACCUUAUUAAUUCUAUGUGUAAAACAAAAUAAGAUGCCGUGUUGCCAAUAUUCAUCUGAUUUUGUGAUAUCAAAUCAAUGUUUCAGUAUUGCUUUGGGCUGGGGAAAAAAAUGCAAUAGUUAAAAAUUUUUGUGGCUGUAUUCUGCUGGAAAUAAGUCUUCAGAGUGCUUUAGCAAUCAUACAAUGGACAAAGUAUGGUUUGAGUAAGGGUGUGCAAUAGAUUUAAAAGUCAAAUCGAGGGAAAAUCGAAAGCUAAAUUAGUUCAAGUAAUGCAAGUAACUGACGCCCUCCUUAAAUAGGUUCAUAAUUGCCUAUGCUUGCCGUAGGAUGUGUGCAAAGCACUAUUUUUGUCGAAAUGAAGCUCCUUAAUUCACUUCAACAUAGUUCCUUGGCACCAAGAUGCCACAAGAAGGCACCAAAGUAAUACUUUUAUUGCCCCAGGUGUUCUAAUACUUUUGUCCAUAUACUUUAUAAAAGUAGAGCAACAUAGCGAGUAUCAAAGGAAGGAAUGAAGGUGACAUUACUCAUAACCUUUGGCAUUUGUAUAUUGUUGAACGAUUAUAUUUGCUUUCCACUGCAAUUAUACAACAGCUUCAAUCUGAAGAUGAAAAGACGAUUUAGUGUAGAAGGAAAAAAAAUAUUCCAGAGCCUUGGGUAUAAAAGUGAAUUUCAAAGUUCAGCCAAAGAUAGAACAUAAAGGGGAAACCCUCUUGCUAAUGUUGGUCCCCUGAGAUUGACUAGCAACCAGUCCAGAGAGUAUUUGUUCUCUUGCCCCAAAUCAGCUUGAAUAGGCUUCAACUUACCCGCGACCUAGAACAGGAUACUCAGUCGAAAAUGACUGAAGACUAGCAGGCAAAAAAAAAAAAAAAAAAAAGGAGUUCUGAUCAUUCUUUCUUGAGGAACUAAUUUGUGUUACAAGAAAAUGAUUGAUGAAGGGUAGCAUAAUGUUUUGCAACAGAAUACAUGACAGCUCCGGAAUGAAAUUUGGGGAAAGCUUGGCUCUGAAUUUGGACCCUUACUGCGCAACGUAAUCCUUUUCCUAUGAGUAAUUGUCCAAACAGCCAAUAACUAUUGCGGCAUUUAUGUCAUGCUUUUGUACUAUGACCAAACGAACCAUUCACAAAAGAGUUUUUGCUGAAAUGUGUGUGAAUGUAAGACAAAUGUAUUGUUGAAUUCAGUCUUUGCUAAACCACUGUUGAGACCUUAAAUGUGAAACAUAUUUAUUGACAUAUUUUGCAGUUACUAUCAUAUAUGCUAAUCGGGAAAAUGCCACAUUCUGCGUGUAUCUAUUAUUAUGCCAGUUCGCGACGUAUGACCACCCAUCCAGUGAGCUGGGUGGCAUAAAAAAAAAAAAAAGAUUGUUACAAAGGAUUUGCUUAUAUGUGCCAUGAUGUUGUUUGUUAUUUUUUUUUAAUGCCAAUUAAUUAAUAUAUAAAAUGAUGUAUAUAUUAUAUUUAUAUAAAUUAUUCAAUGAUAGAAGAGCUAAACUAAAAAGCACUUAAAGGAGACAUAUUAUGCAUUUAUUUUGCAUGAUUUAAAACAUUACCCCAGUGUUUUAAUAACAUCUGUGACAUUCUUUUGUCAAAAUACCCCAAGGACCUUUUUUUUUUUUUUGUUUUUUGUUUUUUGUCCAGCUCCUGACUUACACUUGUCAAUUAAUGUGGUGAUCUGUGUAUGUGGUGCAUGAAAUGGGCUCGUCACCAAACAUAAAUAGCCCUACCUCAUCAAUAACUACACUGAGCGAUCAGGUUUGUGCCAGAAACAAACCGUAAUUUGGUCUUCCGGCACACACUGACUCAUUGCAGCUCUGCUUAUGUUUUUGUGGGCCGAGAAACUAUGUAAAAUUAGCCCCGCUGUCAGGUCACAAUCUGGUGAAAUCAAGAACGAUUCACUGUCAAGCAUAUUUCCCGAAACAAAUGAUUUACUUUCUUGGUGAAUUUCACACUUGAUGCGCAGGCAUUCAGAGACGUAACAGUUUGCAUCCAAGCAGUUAAAAAGUUAUAUUUUCAUAAUAUGUCCCCUUUAACUUUUUAUUCAGCUACAGUGAAGCUGAGGUAUACAGUAUAUACAAUCAAAUCAUUUUUGCUCAUGUUGUAAGAAAGCAUUUUCCAACAGCCUAAACAAAAACAGCAAGCUUGGUGUUUCUUGGCCUUAGAGUCAACUUCCAGUGUUGUUUUACAUAUCAUGUUGAUUCAUUGUUGAAGCACUGCAUCUAUCUUACUGAUGUUUUGACAUUCUCUUAAUGUUUCCUGCUAAGGUUUUUACUGGGUAAUGCUUGGAAAUUCUCAAUAUUGCCCAUGCAAGUGAGCCAUUUGUGCAACAAUAAAAUAUUGUAA